GCAUCCAAAACUUGAGAUAAUGAAAACGGAAAAUAUGGCAACCUUCGUGUUUUGAGAGCAUAGAUACAUGGUUUGAGAGCCUGCUGAUUUACGACAAUUUCAAAAACACACUGCUCACUCGCUUUACGGUAGUGGGUCGCUCGCUAAGCACAGCCAGACAGCUGUCAGAAGGCAAUGCACAUUGGACUGCCCAGUGCAGAGACACUGCAAGGUGGAUCCUUCAGAGCUUUGGUUGUGACGGUGCUCCUGAGUGUGUUUAUGUUCCCUCUGCUGAGGACUGUUGGACUGAGGGCCUUCUCCAUGGCGUCUGAGACAUACACUUCGGGUACACACUCUGCAGCCUUCGUCACUUGUCCCAACGACACAGUGGCUAAAGACUUGGCCAGGGGUAUUGUGGAAAGGAAACUAGCUGCGUGCGUCAACAUUGUCCCAGCAAUCACAUCUGUAUAUGAAUGGCAGGGUAAGAUUGAGGAGGACAAUGAAGUGCUGCUGAUGAUUAAAACGAGAAGUUCCAAGGUGCCGGCUCUUGCUGAAUAUGUCCGCUCCAACCAUCCUUAUGAGGUGGCCGAGGUCAUCAGUCUGCCCAUUGACCAAGGCAACCCGCCCUACCUCAAAUGGAUAGGACAAGUUGUCCCCGAGUAAGGAUGGACCGAUGGACGAGUGGAUGAAUUAAAUCCUGGAUGGAUGUAAAACGGAAUCUGAAAAACACUUACUAUUUCGCUCAAAAAGACAUCAAGACACUAUCCAAAUCAGUAAUGUUAUUAGUAACUGCACAAGACCAAGAGUUACAAGAUGAGACAAAGUGCCCUUCAUGUAAAUAAGCAACACACUGGGUGUUUUAAAAAGAUCAAAACUAUGAUGUUACCCAAAAUAUCUUUGCCGUGUUCCAGCCAUUAUUUGAUUCUUGUAAGUGUUAAUAUUUUCCCUUUCAUUAUGUUUACCUCUAGAGGGCAGACUUGGUCUUUUGAAUUUCAAAGUUAACCAGGUGCAGAAUCAACUGCUACAGCUUUGACUAGUUUGAACAUGCCACUGUAAUGUUUGAACCAACAUAAGUUGGAUUUCUCGUUUCUUUUGUGAAAGAAGCAUUUUUGCAAUAAAGUGGAGGAUUAUUUUUUUUAA